AUGUCCCGCAAAUCCGACAUGUUGGUGUGGUUGACAGCUCUGUGCCUUGCUACAGCAGAGCCUGUGACGGAGAGCUUCACGGUGUAUUCUGAGCCAAUCAAGCUGCGCUAUGGUGAAGUAUACAACAAGCAGCAGGGCCCGAUGCCUCUGCCGCAAAAUAUCGUGGAGCGAUAUUUCGAACAGGGAAAGGCAAUGGCCAUUUCCGGUUUCGAUGUAGACGUGGUCCGAAAGGAUGCAGCAGGCACAGAGUCUCAGGUCAAGCUCAGCGACCAUUAUUUGCAUCACUACAUUCUGGCGAUGGGCGAUAACAGCACGAUGAUGAAGAUUCAGGAGCAGGCUGCCAAGGACGAGAUGUUUGCUCGGAUGCUUCAUGGAUGCCAUGGCAUGACGCAGUCGCAUGUCCAGUCUUUUCUGACGCGCUUGACAGACACCCCCGAGCUGGUGUACUUUGGCAGUGCGGCUGGCGCUGAGUACCGGCACAACCCACAAAGAUAUCAAGCACCUUUCCGCAGAUUGAUCCAAAAGCCCCACCUUUGGGCACCAACCUUCCACGUAAUCAACACCAACAGGCCUUCGCAAAACACAUCUCUGCCGCCGUCGAAGCUGCUGGAAUGCCCGUGUACGCCGCAGCGGAAGAUUGAUGUCAAGCAAGGGAAGAUUGACGGGAAAGAUCCUUUCCCACCUAUCCAGUGCAGCCCGGAGUUCGAAAAGACCGGAAAUCCUUCCUGCCACCUCGCCACCUACGUCGGCGGAUGGCGCUGCUGCGAUCACGGCGUGUUCCUGAUCGACACGGACAAAGAGUGCAGUGAUCCCCGGUGUUCGGAGGAACCGCAGGACGAGGUCUUCAUGAAGUACACCUUCUACUUCGAGGAUGCCCGCCCCGACAUGCGUCAGAUGGAGUACGCUGCUUGCUGCGAUGUCACCAGUGAUCACCAGGGACAUGAAAACGUCGAGUACGACAUUCCCGCCUGUGCGACGGGUACCCCUCCAGAGAAGUGCUUGCAUGUAGUUGAAGCGGUGCAGCCCGUGGCCUUCUACCAGGGUCAUGUGAAGAAUCCCGACCACAAGCACAAAGCAGACGAACUGGUGGACCUCGUCUUUGCAGCUCCCCACCUUCAUCUCGCCGGAUUGUCCCUCGAACUCAUCGACGACGUCACGAACAAAACCCUUUGCUCCGUCUUCGCCAGCCCCGACAACCAAGGUGGAGUAAUGUAUGGGACUGGGAAUAAGCCUGGAAACGAAAACGGAUACUUGGUCGGACUCCGUCCUUGUACUUGGGGCAGUGAUGCUCCUCGCUUCCAGCGAAAUCAUCCCAUCAGGUCGCGAGUGGUCUACAACGCAUCCCAAAGCCAUACCGGUGUCAUGUCGCUCUGGUUGAUGGAUGUUUCAUCUGCUCCAGAUGGUGACUUCGUAGUGCACGGAGCGCGAGACAUGUGCAGACGGAAGAAAAAAGAGGUGACCGUGGAGCUCACCGAAGGUGAGCCGGAAGCGCGGUCUGGGUCUGGAGGCUUUCCCACACCGCUGCCAUCCCGUAUCACCUCUUCCAUCCAGUUCCGCUCCGCGGGCGCUAUCAGCGGAUCGCUGUGUGCCGCCCGACUUUCUGAAGCAGUUUUUCACCUCUUCAAAGUAGAGACUAGGCCGCCGUGGCGGCAUGUAUUCUCGAGGAAUCCAAGGCUUCUUCUUGAUUUCAUACUGCUUUUUUUUGGGGGGGGUUUUGUUGUGGUUGGCUCACGUGUGGCGUGGGGGCAAUUCCCCAAAGCCCACACAUGCUACAGCUCCAAGCAUGAUAUGGGAGUUUCCGAAAAUAAGGAGGUACCUUAUUUGGGGGUCCUUCUAAUAAGGAGCCCACGAAUUCGGGUACCAUAUUAG